AUGCAAAAGCCGAAGAAACCUAGUAAGAAGCCGAAAGCCGCCGAGCAAGAAGCCAAACCACUGAAACCUAAACAAAAACGCUCCCUGAAACGUUUCGAGAAGCAAAAGCGAAAGAAUGUGCGCCAGACGGUUGAAGAAAUUGUGAAAGAAUACGACUCGUUGAAAGAGAAGCCCACGACAGCCUUUCGAACAUUCAACGAUUUUCCGCUUUCGACGGCCACGAAAAGUGGAUUGGACGAAGCGGGAUUCAUCACGCCGACCGAAAUCCAACGGGAUUCGCUGCCCCACUCAUUGCGGGGUGCUGAUUUGAUUGGGGCGGCCAAGACGGGAAGCGGAAAAACCCUGGCCUUGGUCAUUCCGUUGCUCGAGAAUCUGUGGAGGAAUCGAUGGACUCAUGAUGAAGGGUUUUUGAAGCGCCAAGGCAUCGAACUCGGAAAGGAGAAGCCCACUAAACCUUCGGUCGAAUUUUCUGCUGGAAAUGGUUUCGGCGAUUUGGUUGACGAUAUUGCUGCAGAUGAUUUGUUUGCCGUCAAGAAAAAGGACAUUUUUGCGGUCGAGGAAGAGGCCGAGGCAGAGCCGGAAGAAGAAACGAAACCGCAGAAGAAGGGCCGCAUCCUGACGAAAGAGGAAUUGGCUCGUAAAAUUUUGAACAAGAACGUCAAGGUGAACACACGUACGGUAUUCGAGGACCCGGAAGAUAGCGAUGGAGAAGGUGAAAGGGAGGUUGAUAGACCAGCUGCUGGCCCGUCGGAAGGAUUGGAUAUCGAAGAGGCCAAGAAGGAAAAGGCGCUGAAGGACAAGACCAAAAAGACGGAAGACGACGAGCUGGAGCUGGGAGACGAUGAUGAUAGAAGUGAUGAUGAGGGUCCGGACCUAUCAUGGCUUCCGAAACCGGUCGGCUACGAUAGUGAUGAAGAAGACGAUUUGCCGGCCGAGUACGACCCCUCGCUGGACACGAAACUCGAGGAGAAGAGGGCCAAGGCACUCGACAAACAAAAGGAUGACGGUCUACUAUCCAACGCAAAAGAUCGGACCGAGCCCGUCACGCAGAUCACUCGCUUCAAACGCCCGAUCUACGGCGCUACUUAUCGCAGUGACGGCGAAUUGAUUGCCAUUGGCGGAGACGAGGGGAAGCUACGAAUAUUUGAUGCACAAAGAGGGAGCUCCCGUCAAAAGGGGGCGCUUCGUGUGGCCAAGUCCGGCGAUGCUAGUCUGCACACCAUCCGCUUCAGCGCUUCUGGCAAAACGGUAUUCUCGAUGGCCGAUGACGGCGUUGUGAAACAGUUUGAUGUCAUCGAUACGUCGUCCGAAGCUUUAUUUUCCUUCAAGGCUCACAAGGAUUCAAUCAGAUGUGGAGCGGCCUCGUCGGCAAACGAGCAUCUGAUUUUGACGGGCAGCUACGAUCAAACGGUGAAAUUGUGGGAUACUCGCGUCGAUCCGAACACCGCUGGGGCACAAAUUACGAUGAGCGUCGGGGCUCCAGUGGAAAAUCUGCUCUAUUUGCCGAACGAGAAUUUGAUUGCUACUGCGGCAGGGAACACUGUUCAAAUCUGGGAUAUCCUGGCUGGUGGCCGUCUUCUGACGCCUCUGCAGAUCCAUCACAAGACUGUUACUAGCCUGUGCUUGGCGGAACAUGGUAAAGUGCUACUGACCGGAGCCAUUGACCGCCGGUUUAAUGUUGUCAACCUUGCCGACUUCAAGACGACCUGCUCGUUGACAAUGGCGAACCCAGUGCUGGCGAUUGUCAUCUCGCCAGAUGAUGAGACGAUGGCUGUUGGUCAGGGAAACUUGCUGACGUUGCACAGACGAGCACCAGAGGCCGAUCGUUUUACGAGUUUGGACAAGACGAAUGAAAAAUCGGUGAUGCGUGCCAGCGCUCCGGCUGUUGUUACAAAAGUUAAAGGUGGCGAGAAAGAGGUGGUUGAGCUGACUGCAAAACAAGCGGAUCAGUUUUACUUGCCGAAAUUAGACCGACUGCUGCGUAGCUACGAACACCACAAGGCCGUCGAAAUGAUUUUUGGCCACUCGGAUUUACACGUGAAGAAAGUUGACUAUGUGGUUGGUAUCUUGAGAAGAAUUGCCUAUCGCGGUGCAUUGCGUCCCGCAUUUGCCGGCCACGGAGCGCAACGACAAUUGGCAAUUUCCAAGUUCUUGUGCCGCAACUUAUUCGUCCCGCCGUACUUUGAUACAAUCCUCGCCGUCACGGAAGCCGUUUAUGAAGUGUUUGCCGAAGAAGAAAUCACCCCGAAAGUUGUCCACCAGUUGAACCGUUUGCGGGAUUUUGUGCGACGUGAACUAGAGGUGCAGAAAGAAAUCUCGCAGAUGGCCGGAUCGUUGGAAUUGGUACUCCGGGGCGCAGAACACGGUUCACAGGCCAAGAAAAUCGAAGAAGAUUUGGAAGUUUUCGGUGCGCCUGUUGUCGUUUCACUUCGCUUGAACCCGAACGCAACGGCA